AGGUGCAGAUUGGAUACAGAAUAUGAAUAAAUUGAAUGCAGCACCAGCCCACUAUUAAAAAGCAAUAUUAAAAGCACUGGCCUAAUGCACAGAGGUCUAGUUUAAUUUUAGAGCAGAUCUUUAUUUCUGUUCUAUUCUGUUCUUCCAUUUAAUUUGCUUUUUUUUUUUUAAUCUAUUCCCAUGAAAAUGUAUUUAUUAAUGAUCCCCCGCCUGCGGAGGAUGAAGCUGAAGGUCCGCGUGGUUUACGUGGUCAUGUGGACGACCUUCAUACUCCUGUUCGUCCGGGUCGAUUUCAGAUACCGGCUGGACGACGUCUUCGACCUGACCACGCCGUCGGCGUGCGCGUGCAUGAGCUGCGUGACGGAGGCGCCGGAGGACCCGUGGUUCAGCGAGCGCUACGACAGCCGGGUGCCAAAACUUUUGAACAGGGCCAACAGCAAUCUCACCGCAAUCACGUACAACUGGUGGAUAAAGCUGCAACCAUUCAAAACAGCGAACUUCAGUGAUGUUGUAGAUCCCCUGUUCUCACUGUUCCGUGAUGAGGAACACUACAACGACUCCAGUCCUGACCGCUGUCGAACCUGUGCUGUGGUCGGCAACUCGGCCAAUCUGGUCAGAUCACACUAUGGGGCUAUUAUAGAUGCUCACACCUUUGUUUUCAGGAUGAACCACGGCCCAACUAAAGGCUACGAGAGGGAUGUUGGAGUAAAGACCACGCACAGAGCGAUGUAUCCAGAGAGCGCUGUAGACCUGGAUAACUCCACCCAUCUAGUGCUGAUGCCUUUUAAAGUGCUGGAUCUGCAGUGGCUCAUUAGUGCUUUCACCAAGCAGAACAUUACACGAACAUAUCGUACGGUGAAACCUACAGUAAAAGCGAACAGAAACAAGGUGAUGAUCGUUAAUCCUGAGUUCAUGAGAUACGUCUACGAAAAGUGGCUGAUGAAAGAAGGGAAAUAUCCAUCCACUGGCUUCAUCAUGCUCAUGCUGGCCCUGCACAUCUGUGACGAGGUGAAUGUAUUUGGAUUCGGGGCCAGUUCGAAUGGACGAUGGUACCACUACUUUGACCACUGGCAUCAUCCGCUCAUUAACUCAGGUGUACACAGAGGAGGGGUUGAAUAUGACGUCAUCACGAAGCUCGAGCAGCAGCAGAGGAUCAAGAUGUAUAAAGGAUGGUGAUUUCUCUGUGUUUCUAAAGAAAAAGAGUCAGGAAUCUGUUUAAGACCAGUGCUUAGAGUAUAUAUUUUUGUAUAGAAGUAAAAAGAAAAAAAAAAAACAUAUUUCAGCCUCGGAAAUGUUUUUUUUUUUUUUUUAAAAAGGCAUGGCGAUAACUAGAAACUAAAAGAUCGCUCUCACACUAUUCACACAGCCACUUUGUUUCACACACACACACACACACACACACACAUAUAUAUCAUCCUCCACUGUCCU